CAGCUGGCCGUUCCCCGCUCGGAAGCUGGCUGCGCCCGUAGCCUGAUUGGGCCGCUUGCAGCGAGGGGGUCGCGGGCCUGCUUUUGACCGAAGGGGACGAAUCCGACUGAUUGCAAGUAUGCGGAAUGAUGGACAAGGGAGGGAAGAGGAGCGGUAAGCCGAAUGAGCGGAACGGCACUGAAGGGAACGGAACGGAACGAGGAGCGGUGCGCAAGCAACAGGAGCUCGAGCAGAGGAAAGCGGAGGAGAUCGCGCGCCUGCAGCGGGUCGGCGCGCAGCCCGCGUUCUCGGGGGAGGGCGUCCGGGGAUCGGAUUCCGGCGCCGGAAAGACCACCGGAAUGCACACGGGGUCGCCUUUCUUGAAGCCGCACGAGGAGAUGGACGAGCUGGCUCGAGGGGAACUAGACGUGGCGGAGGGGCUGGAGGAGCGGGGCGCCGGGGGAAGUGGCGUUUGGCGGGACCUGAUGCUGCACCCCACACCGGUGGUCAAGCGGAUGCUGCUCAUUGGCUUGGGGUCCAACUUCUUUCAGCAAGCGACUGGUGUGGACGCGAUUGUGUAAUACGCUCCCGCCGUCUUCGCCCU